AUGACGACAUCCACGCUUGGAGAAUCUUUCAUUCUAAAGAAGAGAAACCUAUGUGACAGACUCAUUGCUGCAGCUGUUGUAACUAUCAUUCCUUGUAUACAUAUAGGCAUUGUCAACAACAUCAUAUGGGUCCCCGAGAAACCGAAAGUCAAUAGGACUCGAUGUCACUGUGACUGCUUCGAUACAGUUUUCAAAGGUUCGUACGAAAGAGUUGGAAAAACAACCUACAAACAUAUAUAUUUCAAUGCUACUUACGAAAUGCUGGUCAUUUGGGUAAUGACGCUUGGAGUGAUUAUUGUCUCCUAUGAAUCAUUCAAACAUCUAUAUGAUUUGUAUAAUCAUAGGCUGUUAAGAUGGAGGAUGUUUUUCUUGUUUAUACUAGAUGUUUAUCCCAACUACUAUUCAUACUGGAUGUUCUUCAAUUAUACAAAUGACGGGUACUAUAGUCAAUUUUAUCAUCAAAUGUUUUUCACAGUGACGGAGUUAUUUUCUACGUGGACUGUAUUUCAACUUUGUUCUAAAACCUUGGAUACAGAUUCGAUACGUUCUUUUAUAAUUAUUUCGAUCAGUUUAAUUCAUAUUUUGCUGGGAGGGGUAGAUCAGUUUUUUGCACAGUUAAUUUUGUGGCAAGACAAUGCAUUUCAGAGAUUCAGAGACUUGGGGUUUCUUCUUCCAGAUCUGUUACAUGUAUUAUUUACCAUCCAGUUACUAUCAGAGGAACGGAGGACUAAAUGGGAGAAAACCUUUACUAUUAAUGAGCUAAGGAAAAUCAGUGUCUUUGUCUUUAGCGGAUUUCUGGUUGGGAAGUUUUUAUUUUCCUAAAUUUUUGUAAAGUCAGACAGAACGGAGAGCAUGUAAUUUUUCACAAUUUAUUAUAUUACCGUAUUUU